CGCAGUAGUCAGGCAGUCAUAAGCAGAGAGAAGAAGAACAAAGCAACUCUCGUGUGUCCGCAGUCAGCUUCAUCUUUGAAUGAAUUGUAUCAUUAAUGUAGCUCCUGACCCAUUAAUUUUGUUGUUUUGACAAGUGGACCUCUUCUGAUGGUGUAGCGUUGCCAAGCUUGCCCACCAGCAUGUCUGUUUCCGUUAUUAUAAAGUGGGGUGGACAGGAGUACUCCAUUAGCACACUGUCUGAGGAGGACACUGUGUUGGAUCUGAAACAGUCCAUUAAAUCUCUCACAGGAGUUCUCCCAGAACGACAGAAGCUCCUGGGAUUGAAAGUGAAAGGUAAACCAGCAUAUGAUGAUGUCAAACUGGGUGACUUGAAGUUGAAGCCCAAUACCAAAAUUAUGAUGAUGGGAACCAGAGAAGAAAGUCUGGAAGAUGUCUUGGCGCCUCCACCAGAAAAUGAUGAUGUGGUCAAUGACUUUGACAUUGAAGAGGAUGUAACUGAGGUUGAAAACAGAGAGGAGAAUUUGGCCAAGAUAGCUCGUCGGGUAAAAGACUAUAAAGUUGAGGAGUUAAAUCCCCCAAGACCUGGAAAAAGAUUGCUCGUUCUAGAUAUUGACUAUACGCUCUUUGGUGAGUCUUUAAAACCCAGACACAUGCUUCUGAUUAUAUAUAUAGCUAUGAGUAAAUCCAUCUAGCCCAGGCAUUCUAAAAUCCAACUGGACCAUGGUACAUCUGACAACGGUAGAACCAUUUUAUAAUUUCUACAGUUUAAAGUCAGCAGUGUGUCAACAUAACAGACCACAAGAACAAAACGCCCUUCAUUCAAGCCCUUAUAUGCUCUGUUCAUGUUAAUUUUCUCCCGUUAAAGAUGGAAAGUGCUACAAGAGUAAGAGCAACCAUUUUAAUAGCAGUAUCAAAAACCCUGUGAGCAGCAAAAUAGAUCAAUAACUAAAAGACUGCAGAAAUAGAGAAUGCCACAAAUACAAUUGUCUUUAUUUCAUACUCUGACCAUUCAAAUGAACCAGGUUUGUGACAAGACCGUUUUUGGUCUAUAUUCAGGGUUUCCACGGGGUCUUAAAAAGUCUUAAAUUGUACAAUAAAAUCUUAAUUUUGAUUUCAAGAGGUCUUAAA